AUGACCCACCCCAACAAUGCGCAAGAGGCAAAGGCUUUCACUGCACCUGGGUCCCUCAGUUCUGGCAUCCCAGCAGGACACCUCACUCCUCCAUCUGACGGCGCAUCACAAACGCAGAAGAAUGGCGUGCCCAAUAGCCAGCAACAGGCCGGCGCAGUCCAGCCUGCGACUCCAGCAGCCACACCUGCAGGUCAAGCAAACACUGGCGUGAGUGGGAUAGUCCCCACUCUGCAGAACAUCGUCGCAACGGUCAACCUCGACUGUCGGCUCGACCUGAAGACCAUUGCACUUCACGCGCGUAACGCUGAGUACAAUCCCAAGCGUUUCGCAGCCGUCAUCAUGCGUAUCCGAGAGCCAAAGACGACCGCCCUGAUCUUCGCAUCGGGCAAAAUGGUCGUGACUGGUGCCAAGUCGGAGGAUGACAGCAAGCUUGCCAGUCGCAAGUACGCUCGUAUCAUUCAGAAGUUGGGCUUCAAUGCCAAGUUCACGGACUUCAAGAUUCAGAACAUCGUCGGCUCCUGCGACAUCAAGUUUCCCAUCCGUUUGGAGGGUCUUGCUAGCCGCCAUCACAUGUUCAGCUCUUACGAGCCUGAACUCUUCCCUGGUCUCAUCUACCGUAUGAUGAAGCCAAAGAUCGUCCUCCUCAUCUUCGUCUCCGGCAAGAUUGUCCUUACUGGAGCAAAAGUGAGAGAGGAGAUCUACCAGGCCUUCGAACUCAUCUACCCUGUCUUGAGCGACUUCCGCAAGACUUGA